CGUGUCCGGCGCGCCGGGGCCGGGGCCGGGACCGGGACCGGGGCGAUGCCCGGAGCGAUGCCCGGAGCGGGGCCCGGGGCGGCGGCGCGGGGCCGCGGGCGCUGAGCGGGCGGCAGCAUGGCCGAGGCGCUGCGCCAGGAGCCGCCGGGCGGGCCCGAGUCGGAGGCCGAGCUGUCGCAGCGGCUCGCCCGCACCAAGGCCCGCUCGUACGGCAGCACGGCGAGCGUGGCCGCGCCGCUGGCCGAGCGCUACGUGGAGCACCGGCUGAGCGCCGGGGACACGCUGCAGGGCAUCGCCCUCAAGUACGGCGUCACGAUGGAACAAAUAAAAAGGGCAAAUAAACUGUUCACUAAUGACUGUAUAUUUCUGAGGAAAACCCUGAAUAUUCCGGUUAUAUCAGAGAAACCAUUACUGUUCAAUGGACUUAAUUCACUGGAAUCUCCUGAGAACGAAACUGUUGACAGCUCCCCUUCUUGUGAUGAAGGACUAGUGGCAGCUCAGGAAGAAAGUAGUUCUUCUCCUAGUCCUCAAGAAUCUGACAAUCAGCCUACUGCACCAGAAGAAUUAUCUGCCAAAGAUUUCCUACAGAGAUUGGACUUGCAGAUUAAGUUAUCCAAACAAGCAGCCAGAAAAUUAAAAGAUGACAGUGUCAGUUCCAAAUUGGGAAAUGGUACCAAGAAAUACCUCCCAAGGAAUAAUGUAUACAGGAGAGAUGAGGAGAAUGAGGAAGGUCCCUAUGCAACUUCUUCGUAUCACCAGUAGAAGACAGACGUGAUGGCCUGAAAACUUUCCAUGAAAUCAGUUCUUACAGAACUAAACAGUCAAUAAUUCAAAACCCAAGUCUUCUGGACUCAUCCUCUUGAUGUACUUAAAAGAAGUCAUGAAUGGGUAAUUGCACUGAAAUUAUGACCUCUUCUGCCUUCCAUAGGUUAAUGUCCUUAUGCUAUAUCAAUAAAAGGUUUAAGCCUUCCAAAACUAGCAAUGGCCUUUUUACCCCUUCUGUGCAAACUGUAGCAUGGUAGCAACUAUAUAUCAUCCCUGAGGUCACCUUUAUGCAGGAUGUUGAUCUUUAGUAAAGAUUUUGUAAAUACUUGUUAAAGUGAAAUUUGUUUUAAGUAUUUAAAAAUAUUGAAUAAAUAUUUGCUUGUAAAUGACAAACAAUGAAAGUAAUAGAAAUUUACUUAUUCUGCAAACAUAGGCAAGUUUGCUGUGAAAGUUUUGUCUACUUCAGGGCUGCAGAACUUGCCUGUGAAUCUUGGGUGUCUGUGUGUGGUUAUGAUGUAUUCCUAGAAAGGGGAAUUCAGCUUGUUCUGAUUAGUUAAAACCUUUUUGGUUGAAGAACUGUUUGCAUAUUGGAUUUCUACUCAUAAAAGGGACAAGUUACACAAGAGGUCUUUUUGUGAGAUAUGACAUUGGAAUAUCAGAUAUGUGUUCUUGUGUGAAGUUAAAUUUUGUGUGGUUUUAAUUUAAUAAAAUACAAAAAAUA